GGCGAGUUGUGUAGAACAUCCACCCCCACCACCUCCGGAGAAACGCCGAACGGGAAUAAGAAGAGAAAUUGCGAUAUGGAAGGGAAUUUGAGGGAAGGGUUUUGAGAGUAGCUGCGUCGUUUGCUUUGGAGAGUCUGUUUUGCGAUCAAUGGUGUAUUCUGGUGAGGAGGAAAGAGUGCGCGAGUUCAUGGCGAUGGGACCUGAGAGAUCGAAGCCUCUCCACAAUUUCACGCUGCCGUGCUUGAAGUGGGGGAGUCAGAAGCACCUCAGGUGCAUGAAGGUUGAUGAUGCGUCGAACACCGCUUCCACCGCCGCCGCCGCCGAUCAACGUAACCAGAACCAGUACCGCCGAUCCCCACCUUCCAAGUUGGAGACCUCGAUUGCCACCGGAAUCCGCCGCCGGGAGUCGGAGUCGCCGAGUCACAAUCAUAACCUGAGGGACCGGCGAUUGAGGAUAUCGAAGUUGAGGAAUGAAGGAGAGGCUGAGGGGAUCGAGGCAGUGAGGGAGAAGAUCAUGAAGGAUCUCAAGACGGCGGCAGAUAAGAUGAAAGAUGCGAUGUUGCGGGAGGAAGUAUCAGACGGUGAGGACGAAGAAUUGGAAGAACCAGAACAGAAAGUGAUUGAGAAAGAGAAACCGCAAGAGAAAGAGAGGGAGCAAUCGCCGGCCGUUGAGGUGGAUGCGAGGCCGUGGAAUCUGCGGACCAGGCGUGCCGCCUGCAAGGCUCCGAUUGCCGGAGCAAGCAAUAACAGCAACAAGGGAUUGAGAAUUGAGGAGAGGAAAGUGAAUGAUGCUGCCAAUUCUUCUCCGAUGAGGAAUGAGAUCAUGAAGUCUCCGAAAGUAAGAGAAAAGGGAACGGUGGUGGCGGCGGCGGAGAAGGAGAGACCGAAAUUCUCGGUGUCGCUGUCUAAGAAAGAGAUCGAAGAGGAUUUCAUGGAGAUGUUGAGGCACAGGCCUCCCCGCCGGCCAAAGAAGCGGCCAAGGGCUGUGCAGAAACAAUUGGAUUCGUUGUUUCCGGGAUUGUGGUUGACGGAGGUCUCAGCAGAAGCAUAUAAGGUUCCAGAGUCUGCUGAAAACGGCAAGAGGUAGUGAAGGGAGGGUAGCCGGCAAGGAGAGUUUCAAGGCUUUUCAAGUUCUUGUUGCUGAUUGCUGGUAACUGUGUGACACAGUUGGUGGUUCACAACAAUACCACAGUUUCUUUUGGAAUUGGAAUUUGAUAAAUGCAGGGUUUCCCGGUGACUUGUGAUGAAAGAUUAGUUGCUUUGAAGGGCUAAUUUAGUUUUAUCAUAAUCUUCAUUCAUUUUUCUCUCCUUCUAGCUGAAUAAUCUUGUAUAAAGAAGGGGACGACUCUCUCUUUGUUAGAUAUAAAAGAACCUUUCUUUUAUGAGCUUGGUUUUCUAAUCACAUUCUGUUAAUCUGC